GACUCUAGGUUCACUUGGUUAGUUUUGCUCAAAACUACUAAGUCACCGACCUUUGUCAUUUAGUUUAAUACAUUAGUCUUUUAAGAGUCUCGGGUCAAAAUGGGGAGCUGGCCUGCGGUUGCAGCAUCAAGCCAGUGGCUGGAGGGUAUUUGAAAAUGGUAUUACAAUGCUGCAGGGUUCAAUAAACUGGGACUAAUGCAAGAUGAUACAACAUAUGAGAAUGAUGAUGUGAAAGAGGCCAUAAGAAGGUUUCCUGAGAACCUUUAUAACUACAGGAUGUUUCGCAUUAAGAGAGCACUGGACCUGACCAUGAGGCACCAGGUCUUGCUUAAAGAGCAGUGGACAAAAUAUAAGGAGGAUAAAUUCUACCUUGAACCAUAUCUGAAAGAAGUUAUUCGGGAAAGAGAAGAAUGGGCAAAUAAAUAA